AUGUCCAGCUAUUGUAGAUCCUCUAAACCUACAUAUCCUAUGGCUGUCCCACCAUCAUACAGUGACUUGGGAAAGUCUGCCAGGGAUGUAUUCAACAAGGGAUAUGGAUUUGGAAUGGUCAAGUUAGAGUUGAAGACCAAGUCUUCCAGUGGGGUGGAAUUCACUGCAACUGGUUCUUCCAACACAGACACAGGCAAGGCUUCAGGCAGUCUAGAGACCAAAUAUAAGAUCAAAGACUAUGGACUUACAUUCACCCAGAAGUGGAACACAGAUAACACACUGGGAACAGAAGUUUCCAUGGAGGAUCAGUUGGCUGAAGGAUUGAAGGUGGCUCUUGACACUACAUUUGUACCAAACACAGGGAAGAAGAGUGGAAAGUUGAAGACCUCCUACAAAAGAGAAUAUGUAAAUCUAGGCUGCAACAUAGACAUUGAUCUCUCUGGACCAACCGUCUAUGGCUGGGCAGUGCUGGGCUAUGAAGGCUGGCUUGCUGGCUACCAGAUGGCUUUUGAUACAGCCAAGUCUAAGCUUUCGCAAAAUAACUUUGCCUUGGGAUAUAAGGCAGGAGACUUUCAGCUGCACACUAAUGUGAAUGAUGGCACCGAGUUUGGUGGGUCUAUUUAUCAGAAGGUUAAUAAUAAGGUUGAGACAUCAGUCAAUCUUGCAUGGACGGCUGGCAGUAACAACACACGUUUUGGUAUUGCUGCUAAGUACCAACUGGAUGAGAAGACUUCCAUUGUGGCUAAACUGAAUAAUGCCAGCCUGAUUGGAAUUGGUUACACUCAUGCCCUCCGACCUGGUAUAAAGCUGACCCUCUCAGGCUUGAUUGAUGGCAAGAAUUUCAGUGCUGGAGGUCACAAAGUUGGGCUGGGAUUUGAGCUGGAAGCUUAAUGCAGCUUUAGGUAAAACAAGGUGCUCUGGAAGAUGAAGGAAAAGUGUACCCCGUCUGUUUUGGCCUUAAUAUUACUCUGAAAUUUGAAGAAGUGUGAACUUUCUGCUCUUCCAAAGAAUCAUUUUAACCCAACGCUGAAGUGCAGAGAGUGCCAGCACAUCAAAUGAAGAUACUUGAAGGCACGCAUGGAAGUUGUGAUGUUUGUGCCACAUGUCACUUCAGUUUCCUGUAUUUUAAAUGUUCCUAAAACCAGAAGAAAAUCCCACCUCUCCCUAUUACUGUAUUGCAUCCUGCAUGUCCUGUACUUCACAUCCUUUUAUAAAAGGUGGUCUCUGUGCUAGAGUGGAAAAAUCAGUUUACAUCAGAAUGAAAUAAAUUGGUCAC